AGCAGCAUGGACAUUACCAUCCAGCACCCCUGGUUCAAGCGUGCUCUGGGACCCUUCAUUCCAAGCCGUUUGUUUGACCAGUUUUUUGGAGAGGGUCUCCUGGAGUAUGACCUCCUGCCUUUGUUCUCGUCCACUAUCAGCCCCUACUACAGGCAGUCCCUCUUCCGCAGCGUGCUGGAGUCGGGCAUUUCAGAGGUGAGGUCUGAUCGGGACAAGUUCACAAUCAUGCUGGAUGUAAAACACUUCUCUCCCGAAGACUUGAGUGUGAAGAUUAUUGAUGACUUUGUGGAAAUCCAUGGCAAGCACAGUGAAAGGCAGGAUGACCACGGCUACAUCUCCCGGGAAUUCCACCGCCGGUACCGCCUGCCCGCCAACGUGGACCAGGCUGCCAUCACCUGCUCGCUGUCCAACGAUGGCAUGCUGACCUUCUCGGGCCCCAAGGUCCCCUCCAACAUGGACGCCAGCCACAGUGAGAGGCCCAUCCCUGUGUCCCGCGAGGAGAAGCCCACCUCCGCGCCCUCCUCCUGA